CAUGCCUGGCUAAUUUUUAAAUUUUUUAGCGACAGAGUCUCAUUAUGUUACCCAUGCUGAUCUCGAGCUCUUGGGCUUAAAUAAUCCUUCAGCCUUGGCCUCCCAAAGUGCUGGGAUUACAGGCAUGAGUCACCAGGCCCAGCCACAGACAUUUAUUUCUAACAGUUCUGGAUACUGGGAAGUCCAAGGUCAAGGUACCAGGAGACUGGGUAUCUGUGAGGGCCUUCUUCCUGGUUUCCAGACAGUUGUCUUCUUGCAUAGCCUCACAUGAUGGAAAGAGAGAGCUGUCUGGGUCCUUUUUGAUAAAGUACUAAUCCUAUUAGCAAGGGCUUUACCCUCAAUGACCUAAUUAUCUCCCAAAGAACCCACUUCCUAUACCAUCACACUGGGCGUCAGAAUUUCCAUAUAUAAAUUGUAAGGGGAUACAAACAUUCAGUCCGUAACACAGUGAAAUCUGAUACUUUUGAGGUAAACCUGUGUCUAAAACACACCUUUGAAUGGAUUACUGCUCCCAUUAGCCUUUUACUCAUAACCAUCCUGGUGUUUUUGUGUGAUUAAAUUUGUAAAUUCUUUGGUGUACUCUUGAGCAGGCUCCCUUUCUUCUAUGACUCAGAGCCUGGAGAGUUCCAGCCAAGCUCAAAAGUCAGGAACAGGGGGUGUGGACUUUUGGGCUAUGCCAGUCAGCAGCUAGAAUGUGGUUGGCAGUCUCCUCCCCUUCCUGCACUUCAGCUCUACACAGUGUGCAUUCUGGAAUGACAGGCAUUCCUGGGUGAAGAGAGCCAGUGUGAAGAGAGUUUUGUAAGAACUGUAAGUGCCCAGGCUGUAUGGGAAACAGAAACUUCAGCAGAUGAACUGACCUUAUGCCAUUUCCUGAUGUUUGGCAGUGACACUGAAAGAGGAUCGCAUGUCCCCUCUUUAUGUGGAUUUAUCUUUUAUGAAAAGUUUGCUUUUGUCCGGGACAGUUUGUUGUCGUGAGAUACAUCAGACAAUAUAAUCAUGGGGCAAGCCGAUGUCUCCAGACCGGUAAAUCCAGAUGCAGUUGGUGAGUAAUAGAAGGCAGAGAAACAGAAAAUCUUGACGGAAGCAAGGCAGAUUUACAGACUUCUCCAGAGAACCUUGGAACAGUAGAGGAAGCAGAUCAGCCCGCUACAGAGCCAGGCAUGGUCAUGGACAGUGUGGAAGCAGGAGACACAACACCUCCUACCAAAAGGAAGAGCAAGUUCUCAGGCUUUGGCAAGAUCUUCAAGCCCUGGAAAUGGAGGAAAAAAAAAAGUAGUGAUAAAUUUAAAGAGACUUCAGAAGUUUUAGAACGGAAAAUAUCUAUGCGAAAACCAAGAGAAGAGCUGGUUAAAAGAGGGGUUUUGUUGGAAGACCCUGAGCAAGGUGGUGAGGAUCCAGGAAAGCCAAGCCAUGCCAUGUUAAAGAAUGGCCAUACCACCCCUGUAGGGAAUGCUACAUCAUCUAGUCCAGUCCAAGUAGAAGAAGAGCCAGUAAGAUUAGCAAGUCUUAGGAAAGCUAUUCCAGAAGAGGACCUAAAGAAACAACUAGGCUCAACUGGAAGCCAGCCUAAUUCUGAAGCAGAGUCUGUUCCUGAGAAUGUACCCAAACAACCUUUACUUCCUCCCAAAAGACCCUUGUCCUCUUCUCAUGAAGCAAAUGAAGGUCAAGCAAAGGAUGCCACUUCCUCUGGCGGCAUGGCAAGGUUCAUCAUCUCCACCUCCAUCACCACAGCACCCGCUGCCACCACUGCUGCCACAAGCCUCGCAAAGACUGUUAAUCUGUCUGUCACUCCUUCCCCAGCACCCAGGAUUCUGCCUGCUACUCCUGCCAGCACUAACACUACUGCUACCUUAAGCCUCACUCAUAUGGUCCCUGCCAAGCAGCCCCCUAUCCCUCCCCCUAAACCAGCUCACAGAAAUAGCAACCCUGUCAUUGCUGAACUGUCCCAAGCAAUAAACAGUGGUACAUUGUUAUCAAAACCAUCCCCACCCUUACCACCUAAGAGAGGCAUUCCAUCGACCUCAGUACCCACCUUGGAGUCUGCUGCUGCCAUCACCACAAAAACACCAAGUGAUGAAAGAGAGAAGAGCACAUGUUCUAUGGGCUCAGAACUGCUAUCAAUGAUCUCACCUCGCUCUCCGUCCCCCCCACUGCCUGCUCAUAUACCUCCAGAGCCUCCACACACCCCUCCAUUCUCUGCUAAGACUUUUAAAGUUGUGCCAGAAAUUGAGUUUCCACCAUCCAUAGAUCUACACCAGGAGAUUCCCCAGCAGGAAGAUCAGAAAAAGGAAGUCCCCAAGAGGAUAUUGGACCAGAACUUUGGGGAGCCCCAUAUACCCUCUAGGUUGCCUCCACUCCCACUGCAUAUUCGAAUCCAGCAGGCCCUCACCAGCCCACUUCCCAUGACUCCUCCUCUGGAGGGUUCUCACAGAGCUCACUCGUUGCUCUUUGAAAACAGUGAUGGCUUUUCUGAGGACAGCAGUACGCUGGGUCGGACCAGGUCUCUUCCCAUCACUAUUGAAAUGCUGAAAGUUCCAGACGAUGAAGAAGAGGAGGAGCAAACCUGUCCAUCCACAUUCAGUGAAGACAUAACAUCUACCUCAGUCAUUUCUAAAUUACCACAGUGUGUACAGGAGGAAGAAGAGAAGGAGAGCGACUCUGAUUCAGAAGGUCCCAUUCAGUACCGAGAUGAAGAAGAUGAAGAUGAAAGCUAUCAGAGUGCUCUCGCCAACAAAGUGAAGAGGAAAGACACACUGGCAAUGAAGUUGAACCACAGACCCAGUGAACCAGAGUUGAACCUGAAUUCUUGGCCUUGUAAAAGCAAGGAGGAGUGGAAUGAAAUACGGCACCAGAUUGGAAACACACUGAUCCGGCGACUGAGUCAAAGACCAACACCAGAAGAACUAGAACAACGCAAUAUAUUGCAACCUAAAAAUGAAGCUGAUCGUCAGGCAGAAAAACGAGAAAUUAAACGUCGGCUCACUAGAAAGCUCAGUCAAAGGCCAACUGUGGCUGAACUCCUUGCCAGGAAGAUUCUGAGGUUUAAUGAAUAUGUAGAGGUAACAGAUGCUCAAGAUUAUGACCGGCGAGCCGACAAACCUUGGACCAAACUGACCCCUGCUGAUAAGCUACCAUCGUCCAUGAUGCCAAAGGUUGAGAGAGGAACUCAACAUGGCUGCUUUGCUGCUUCCUUCUCCAGAGUGACAUAUGGAGGGAACUUUAGCACUUCCCAGCACAGCCAGAAUUGCGUCCUCUGGGAUCUUCUGAGGUGGACAGCACUUCUUUGAAUGUAGCAUUUCACUGGAACAGAGUCUCAUGUGCUGCACCUGGGGCAAAACAACACUUUGGCAGUGCUUUUGAACCUUUCAAUAUUGUAGCUUACUUGAGGAGUUUUUCCCUCACUGGCCACCAAAGUUCUGGACCACUUGCAGGUUCCAGGUUUUACUGGCUGCACCACCCCUUCCCCUAGAUGACUGCCUGUGCUGAGGCACAGUUUGCACCAUUAGCCUUACCUGCUCUGCCCUGAUUGUGAGACCCAAAUGUGUAGGCUCUAAAUCCCAGCCAUCAAAUCCAAUUCCUGAUGGGGAAAACCUCCUGGAGGCCCCCAACCUUCUGGUAAAAGAGUCCCUACCUCCAGGGGAAGCCUUACCACACUGGCAUAUCAGAUGAAGCCAUUGCACUGUACCUCUCGUAACACAGCAAUACAGUCUCUUGAGGGCACUCAAGCCUGAGAGGAAGCUCAGGAUCUGACAUGUUCUUCCUUUUCCUCACAAGUCAUCAUGAUUUUUUGUUUUAAAAUAAUCUGGAAGUAAUGGGAAGUUAUGUUUUUCGUGAACUCCAACCAGAAUCCAAAUUGGUUAGAUGAAGCCAGGCGCAGUGGCUCAUGCCUAUAAUCCCAGCACUUUGGGAAGCCGAGGUGGGUGAAUCACCUGAGGUCAGGAAUUCAAGACAAGCCUGGCCAACAUGGCGAAACCCCAUCUCUACUAAAAAUACAAAAAUUAGUCAGGUGUGGUGGCGCCUGGCUGAGGCAUGAGAAUCACUUGAACCCAGGAGGUGGAGGUUGCAGUGAGCCAAGAUCACCGCCCACUGCACUCCAGCCUGGGCAACAAAGUGAGACUCUGUCUUAAAA